UCCACACUUGCCCGUAUGACUCCCCAGGAGGAUGCGCAAGCCGUCCUUACACACUGGGCACUCUGUAAGAGAAUGACAACCAGAGGGCGGGCUGAUAACUAAGGACAUUCUAGGAAAGAAUCUAUUGCGCGCGAAUGAAAUGAUUAGCGCGUCAUGAUAUUGCAACUAAGUGAUUGAGCAAUGCAAGACACUGACUCAAACUGUUAGCUUUGCUUUUGUUUUGUUUUUGCUUUGGACUGAUUUUAAACCAUCUUCUCGUGGAAAAUGUACAUCGAGAACUGAAAUUCUUCAUUUGGGGAGCCUCGUUGCUUGAGUUUCCAAAGUGGAUAUUGCCUUAAAAACCAACGUUAAGAUCCGCGCGGGACACCAGGUGUCCUAUUGCCUUGAACUAUGUCUAUGACAUCAACUUUUGGAUUUACCCAAGAGCAGGUUGCCUGCGUCUGCGAGGUCCUUCAGCAAGGUGGGAGUAUCGAACGUCUCGGACGCUUUCUGUGGUCCUUACCUGCUUGUGAGCACCUCCACAAAAACGAGAGCGUUUUGAAAGCGAAGGCUGUGGUAGCUUUUCACCGGGGCAACUUCAGGGAGCUCUACAAAGUAUUAGAGAGCCACCAGUUUUCUCCGCACAACCACCCUAAACUGCAACAGCUCUGGCUGAAAGCUCACUAUAUCGAAGCGGAGAAAUUACGCGGUCGUCCUCUGGGCGCAGUGGGAAAAUACCGCGUGCGCAGAAAGUUUCCGCUGCCUCGCACCAUCUGGGAUGGAGAGGAGACCAGCUACUGUUUUAAGGAGAAGAGCCGGUGUGUACUUAAAGAGUGGUACACUCACAACCCGUACCCUUCCCCGAGAGAGAAGAAAGAACUGGCAGAGGCCACUGGCCUCACCACGACUCAGGUCAGCAACUGGUUCAAGAACAGGAGGCAGAGAGACCGUGCAGCAGAAGCAAAGGAAAGGGAAAACGAUGGUGCAAAUCCAAACGGUCACAACCCACUGACCUCUCACGUGAACGAAAACAAAUCACUAUGCGAAAGUUCAGAGGACGACAAAUCUCCCGCGGCGACCCCGGAUCACAGCUCCAUGAGCCCAGCCAUCCUUAUGCCCUCCAGCUCGGGUCUGACACCCCUGCACAGCUUCGCGCCUCCGCCCGGCCCCAGCGCCUCCAUCAUCCCCGUCAGCGGCUCAGACGCUCAGAGCCACCUCCACUUCUCCAUGCACGACGGCCUUCUCAACACCAUGACGGCCAGCCUGGUGGAACAUGGAUCAUAAGAAAUAAAACACUUAAUCUUUGACUUUUCCCCCAGUUACUAGCUUCGUUAUCAUAGGCUACCAAACAUGAGUUAGUCAAGCUGAGAGGACAUAAAAAUAAAAAUUAAAAA